AUGGAAACUCAAACUUGCCAUGCGUCCAUUGUGAGGUACGAGUGGGCAACCAAGGAAAUGUCGGAUAUUCCACCAGACGCGUUAUUGCAGAGACUGCCAGACAUUGAUGAAUGGGCAGAGAAGAUGACCAACCUGAAGCUGCUUUGUCAAGCACAGCGCUUUCAAAAUGCUUCCGCCGCUCUGGAGAGACGUCGAGGAUCCGUCCCUGGUUGUACGCAGGUGGAGAUGUUGGAUGGCAGUCCAGAGACUGGCCACGAGGGUGCCUGCUGCGUCCCGCCUGGUGGUAUUGUGCAGCUUUUACUUGAAUUCAACGCCGUUUCAAGUCCAAGUGGAAGAACCCUGACCGCUGCUGGUCUGAGCCCAGAUGCCAUUGCAUUCAAUUUGACAGGUGAGCCCUUAGGGGAGCUGACCCAAAGGCUCCGGAAGCCUUUGGUGGAGCAUUACCUCUUCCACGGUACCAGCCCGGAGAAUGCCAAGGCCAUCGCCGCCAACGGCUUCCGCCGAAUCAUGGCGGGCAGCAACGCGGGGACGGCCUUUGGAAGGGGCUGUUACUUUGCAGAAGCUUUAUCCAAAUCAGAUGAGUGUGCACAAUGCGACGAGCAAGGGCAAUUCGUGAUCCUGCUCUGCCGCGUGGAAUUCCCAGCUCUGGCAGCGCUUUCAAAAUGCUUCCGCCGCUCUGGCGAGACGUCGAGGAUCCGUCCCUGGUUGUACGCAGGUGCAGAUGUUGGAUGGCAGUCCAGAGACUGGCCACGUGAAAACCAGUCACUGGUGCUGCAGUCUAUGGCUCCAGGUGUGUCUGAAAAAAUGUGGUAUAGCCCGAAACCAGCAAUUGGCAGCUGGGUCAUCAAAUUGCUGGAAGCCAGCGGCAACCUUUCAACCCAAAAGGGCGCAGAAUUUGUAAUGGAGUUUGGACUUAUCGGCUGCAGUCAGGCCUUGGCGACCCCUGAUUGUGCUGGCAAUUUCAGUCUUGGAACACUAUGGGUUGCUCAGAGUCUCUCACUAGUUGGCACGACUCUUUCCCCUAGCCCCACCCUCCUGCAGUUUGAUGUGGAGGCGAGCAGUGACUGCUCGCCUCCACGUCAAACUGGAGGAGGGUGGUGCUAG